GGAAUGCAUGGAGGGUUUUUAAAUUUUAGCCACAUGGAUGAUGGGCUUAUUGUUCACAAAGUUUUGGAGGCUUUUCAACUCUCGAGACUAUAAAGUCAUAAUUUUGGGGUUGGAUAAUGCUGGAAAAUCUACUAUUUUGUACCAAUUCGUUCUCAAAGAAGCUGUACAGACUUCUCCCACCAUUGGAAGCAAUGUUGAGGAAGUAAAGUGGAAGAAUCUGCAUUUCGUAAUGUGGGAUAUUGGUGGACAAACUUCUGUUAGGGCUUCCUGGACCACAUACUUUGCAGGCUCAGACUUUGUCAUUUUAGUUGUUGACAGUACAGAUCGAGAACGUCUAUACCUGACUAAACAGGAGCUGUGUAAACUACUAGUUGCUGAGGAGUUGAAACGCUCGAAAAUGUUGGUUUUUGCCAAUAAACAAGAUGUCUCUGGCUGCAUGUCUGUUGCUGAAAUCAGUCACAAUCUAAACCUUACGUCUAUUAGGGACCACCCAUGGCAUGUACAGCCUUGUUGUGCACUCACAGGAGAAGGGUUCGUCAUUUAUUUUGGUUUUUUAUCCAUCCAGUUUUGUGUUCAUGACAAGUACAUGUAUUUUGUUGAUUUUACGUUUACUUCAUGUACUAAUUUUCGUUCCGUUUAUCAAGGUUUUAUCUUCAUUACGUUUCAUGGAAACCUACAUAUGUUUAAAAUGUAUGAAAUAUUUCAUAAGAUGACGAAUAUGUCCAAAAAUCAAAGCGAAUUGUGCAACUUUUGCCUGCUUCAAGGUUGCUGGUGUUACGAAACUGUCAUCAUUUUGCCUAACGUCACGUUAUUGCACUUGCCGGUCUUGCAAACUGCUUUACACGGACUACACUUUAUCUAUGCGUCACAGCCAUGCGUUCUGAUUAUCUCUGAAGCAGUAAAAACAUUUAUCUAGUUCCAUUAACAUUUCUUUAUCAAGUUCAUUGUCUUUCGGAAAAAUUAUAACAUCCUUAAAUGUCAUCUGAAUCAGGAGAGUUUAUGUGCUAUAUUCUGGACUACGGUACAAGAUAUUAUUCGUAUACAGGAUUCUUCUACCUUGUCUGGAAAUCCAUAUGUAAUAAAGAAUUAGAGCUGGAAAGGAUUUUCUGUUCACGAAUGUUUCUUUGUGGUGUGCUAUCUCAGGAAAGGCAAAAGAUCACGUUUGAACCGUCCAGUUAAAUGCUGUACUACAAACAGUGUCUAGUCGUUCACCAAAUAAUCUUUUCGUCUCUAUCGACUAAUCUUUAACAUUUAUUGUGGGUUUGAAAUUAGUGAUUGUAUCUUUAAUUACUGUGAUAAAUGAAGAGUCUGUUAGGUUUGAAGCUUCACGAGUUCACUUAAUCUGCGAACGAGAACAAGACUCAGUGACCAAAGACCAGUAAUCUAGCUAUUGAUGCGUUCCAGCCCCGCUACCUAGAAGGCGAAGUCCAAACUUGGUAUGGGAAAUAUCUUCUGCAAACAGCCAGAAAAAGAGCGAGCUCACAAACACAAUUUAAAACUUAUACAAAUAUAUAUAACCGAUAUUGUCAUAGGAAAUUUUUAAACAUUAAUCAAUGAGUUCAUCAAUUGACUGCUAUUUAAUCAGUUAAUCGAUAUGAUAAAAUUACAAAUAUGAGUUUCUGGGAUAUAUCGUCCCUAACAGAGUCCAACUAGUUUCUUAGCAUCCAAAUACUAAAUUUAGAGCCUAAACCGAUCAACCAAUCAAGUUGGCUUGUAACUAUUUUGUCGUUAUUGUUUACAUUUUUCAUAACUUAACAUUGUUCAUAUGUAUCAAAAUGAACUGUUAGUGAAUUCACUUAGACUAAUAAGAGUAGAGGACCACUGUAUUUUGAAGUACUCCGCUUUUAUGUGUCUGUCAAAAUACCAUACAACCUACUAUUACUGUCUUCUAUCACAGAAAAUUUUCAGUUGUCUCAAACGUUAUUAUCGAUUCUAAAACCUUCCCGCUUCAUUGUGAGACUGCUAAAUAUUGGUUAGGGUUUUACUGAAAUGUGUAGAUACUAUAUUGACGUCUGUUGUCUAUCCGAGACCCGUAUUCAAGACUCUAGUGAAGUACCACAAAUCCGCUCUUCAUCUGUCGCCUCGAAAAGCUUGUUUCACGUGCGUUUUUCCGGGGUCCCUGUGGCAUCGUCUGGUUUUUCUGGUAUUGGUAUCGCACAAAGCGCUACAGCUGAGGCGGCACUGAUCGAUUGGAUCCCAAUUAACAGUCGGUUGUGUGCUAUUAGAUUAGAAAUUCCCAUCAAAGUGAGAAGUCGAUGUGAGUAACAAUGUCUUUUUGUCAUCUCCGUCUAUGCUUCGGCAGAUUGCAGCCCGGAUUCAAUCAAGGAUGAGUUUUACUACCAGUUAACAGUUCUUUUAUAGAAAGGGUGUUCGGCAGAUGUUUUAGUACUAGCCGGAGACUUGAAUGCUCUGGUCGGGCGUCUAAGUACAUAGGAGAAUCGUUUAAGUGGCUGAGGGGAACUUGUUGGUCGCAGGUCGGGUAACGGGGACCGUCUACUGCAACUGUGCUCAGACUAUAACUUGUUUCUGGCCCCCGAAUGCUUGGUACGGCUGAGGGUAGGGAGAGUCUGCUUCCUCUCGAAAUUCUCUCACAUGGCCACGCGUAUACAGCCACUGACAGGGAAGUCCUACUCAUUGCAUUCUCGUGGUAGGGGUGUUCUUUACGAAAUUGAGAAGACAAAAAGCGAAUGUCCGGUGCCUUAACCGGGUUGGUGAACACGGAGGAUCUACCUAAGUGAGUUGGAAAACCCUGAUUCCAAACCAAUGGUGCACAUGGGAUCCAGUAUCCUGAAGUAAAAAAUGGCGUAUGAACCAAUUGUUGGUCACCAGCUAACAUGGAACUGCAUCUCCCAACUUUGCUUCUCUGCCUUGUGGAUUAGACCUUUAGGUCGAACGCUCCGGGUGUGAUCCCCUGAGAAAACCACUCGUUUCGAUUUGGGAACCCUGGCAGUAUUAUAACCUACAGACAAAUCAAGUGACUUGUGUGGCUCAUAUGUAUUCAGUGCCCUUUUGUACCCAUAUUUGUGUUCAAGUAAUGAAUAAUAAGUACUAACUACUGGUACAGUCAUCGUUGAUAUGCCACCUGGCAUCCUCCCUUUGCAUCUCAAGCCUGGACUCAGAUUGACACAUCGCGAUGAGCUACCACUAGCGUGGUUGUGUACAAGACUGCCGCUCAUUUUGGAGUACCUAUAUGAACUCUGAUUAUGCCCUUGUUUGUGCUUAUCUUACCUUACUUUUCAGUGGCCAACAAAUUCAUCGACCUAAACGGAUCGAUGUCAGUAACUUGAUUGCAGCUUCUGUUGCAACUAAAUACCAAAUCGACCUAGGUUCAAGGCUAGCUAACAUCCUAUCGAAAAGUAUAGAUGAGCAUUGGUUUCAAUUGCAUGACGCCAUGUAACUGGCGAGUAAAGUCGCUUGCGGCUUCGCGAAACGUCCCGUUCAUAGGCACUGGACCUCUUCAGGUUCCUUACAAUUGAUUGAAUCUCAUCGGUCUACUCCGAAUGACCGUAAGUUCGACCGCAAACGCAAACUGUUACGUAAUGAAAUUAAGCAGAGCUUGUGUAAGGGGCGAGAAGCCUGGUGGUCGGAGCGUGCCAAUGAGUUGGAAGAAGCAGUUGUAUCUGGUAACUGCCAGAAGCUCUUUUAACUCAUCCGAUCCACUGGCAGCAAGAAGUCUGGUGUGGGCGAAACAAUCUGUGAAGCUGACGGGAUGCCAAUCACUAACAUCUAUUGACGUCUUGAACGAUGUACAGAGUUUUUCGAGGGACAGUCCAACUGGUCUACUGCCCCCUUCUGAAGGUACCUGAAAAGGAAAUUGGGUUAGGGGUGGUCUUAGCGACCUGAGAGCAUGGCCGCAGUGCCCAAGUGACAACUGCUUGAGGUCGGUCACACACAACGUUUUUAUGCGUAAUUUUCGUGUUAGAUCCGUACUUGUUGAGACCUUACGGUUGGAGACGGAUAUCCGUGGGAUAAGGCGGGAUGUGCAUUUUUAGGGUCGACCUUUUCUAACCCCACCAUUCCUUAUGGGAAGGCAGCGUCUCUGUUGUGUUGGUUGUCUGAAGAAAACAUCCUACCGCCGUCGCACCUCUGUACAAUCGGCAGUACGACUUCGCCCUCGGACCUCGGGUUUGCCACUCUUCAACCGACCUAUCUGGCAUCGUAGGACCUUGAGGAACGAUUGUUCCAGCCAGUAUAGCUUGAUUGGUUCAUCACGAUAGGCAAGCCCGACCACCACGUAAAGGUAGCAGCAACGGCCGGGUCUGCUGCCCCGGUAGCAUCGGUCGGACUGUCUUGCUCUCCGUGGUCUGUGACGACUGAUCCACCUAACGAGACGAAAGUCCGCAAGGAACUCCAACUCUUGAAGCGCUACAACUCACCAGGCCCAGAUGACUUACCUCCGGGCCUUUUUAAAGAUGGCGGUAACUUUCUGGUAAAGGAUGUCUGAGUUGUUUACAAAGGUCUGGCAGUUAGAGAGUGUUCGAACAUCAUGGGAUGAGUCGAUAGUUGUCCCAUCUUUACAAUGGGUUCACGUCGUUCCUGUAACAACUGCCGGGGGAUAAGUCUACUUCCGAUUGCAUCCAAGCUAUUGUCUUCCGUAAUACUUCGUAGAUUGUUCAGAAAUCCGAAAAUGAUUGACUCAUGAGGAGCAGGCUGGUUUUCGUUAUGAUCGAGGAUGUAUUGAUCAUAUCUUCACCCUCCGCCAAAUGUUAGGACACCGUCUUGCUUGUCAAAGGCCAACAAUCGUAGUGUUUCUCCUCAUCAGGGCUGCCUUCGAUUCGUUGGACAGGACUGUUCUCUGGGAUUGUCUAUUGAAGAAGGGUGUGCCUGAGAAGUAUAUCAACAUCUUAAGAGCCCUAUAUACAAACACCUCAGGCAGAGUGAGGGCAUACAAACACCUCUCUCCACUGUUCCAUUCGAGUAAUGGGGUUAAGCAAAGUUGCCCAAUCUCACCAUUCCUCUUCAACUUUGCUAUUGAUGACAUUCUGGAAACAGUUCUGAUGGAUGUUAAUAACGGUGUGGACCUGUUGCCUGAAGAAAGACUUUUGGACCUUGAGUAUACGAAUGAUAUUGUGUUACUGUGCGAUGAUACCCAAACCAUGCAAUCCGCACUUAAUCAGUUGGCAAUUAGUGCCCAUAGGUACGGUAUAUGCUUUGCAUCUUCGAAGUGCAAAGUACUUCUACAAGACUGGCAGGAUUCUAAUCCUGUACUCACUCUGGAUGGUGAGCACAUAGAAGUAGUCGAGACGUUCGUGUAUCUGGGUAGCUGCAUAAGUGCUGGUGGUGGCGUGAGUGAUGAGAUUGACUCACAUAUAAUGAAAGCCAGAGCGGCUUAUGCCAAUCUGGGCCACCUUUGGCACCUUCGUGAUGUUAGUCUGGCUGUAAAAGGUCGGAUCAACAACGCGUCAGUGAGAGCAGUUUUACUCUAUGCUUGUGAAACCUGACCUCUCCGAGUUGAGGAUGUUAGACGACUCUGUGUUCGAUCAUCGUUGUCUCCUAAGGAUUGCUGACAUCCAGUGGCAACAUCAUGUUAGUAAUGCAGAGGUUCGGCAUCGUGUGUUCGGGCGCAGAGACGAUAAUCCAAUUGGUAUCACCAUCUUGAAACACCGACUUCGGUGGCUUGGACAUGUUCUACGAAUGUCGUCCCAGAGAAUUCCACGUUGUGCAUUAUUUGCCGACUCUGGGACUGGUUGGAAAAAGCGGAGACGUGGUCAGUGUAUAAUAUGGUGUCGUGGUAUGAAAGAAAGUUGUACCGGACUGAUUUCUGUUGGUCCUUCACGACUCUGUGAUUGUGAUCCGAGAGAUAGUGCAUAGACCUUUGUUAACUGAACUGCCUCUCCUAUUAUUAUUGUUUCACUAUCAUACACUAAUUUCUGUUAGUUACUGUUCUCUUUUUUUCUCAUACACAUUUUACGUUCUCAUUGUUAUUGUGUGGCACAUAUGUAUUUAGUGCCCCUUUGUACCACUACUUAUGUUCAAAUAAAUAAAAAGUAUAUCUAUUCUUAGGAAAAGCGCAGUCCCUCUCAUUAAAGUUUGCUGAGGAAGUGACUUAGGAUAAACCUUCUAUAUGAUGCAUGAAAGCACUACCCAUGGCAUUAUUCAGUUCUGUUGCGAUCCUCUUGUUUAUGUAAACUGGCUUACUAUUAUCUACCGGAUACUUUUUUCUGGUUGUGUAGACGACACCGGAAAUAGGAUCUUCCCUAUUUCAGUUGUUUAUACAUAUUAGACGAAACCAGUUUGACAGUGCUAUUAUUGGCUAUAGUGUACACGAGUGGAACUUGUUUAGAUGUGCUAGUGGUUAAAAAAAUGAGUUUCUUAGUUCGCAAUCAAUCUCCCAUCAAAGUUUUAUAUAUUUUCAGGUAUAUUACUAGAGUAAGUUCAUUUCAAAUGAGACUCUUUGAAGUUUUAGUUGAGUAUUUUUUUGUAUUACUCUUUUUGUUUUUAAAUUAAGAUAUUAUUACUACCACUUGUUUCUAGGCUUCCCCAAGGUUUAGAUUGGAUCGCUACUCAAAUUGGGCGAUAACAAUGAAGGUUUUUAUUAUUCUUAUCUUCAUUUUCGAUAUACAUUUCUGUAAUUAUGAUGUUAAUUGGUUAGCGUAGUCAAGGAAGUCAUGUUCAAGUUACGUUUAUCACCGAUGUGAGUUCGUUUGCAGUUGUCGAUAUUUUUUAUAGAAGUUAGUAUUGGAAAUAUUGUUACUUUGAUCUUCCUACGUUUAUCUGUCAAAUUCGAUGAUUCCUUAACUAUAUCUAUCCUAUUUUCUGUAAAUUGUUUGUCUCAUAAUAUUUCCUGUAGUAACAUUAUGUCGCUUGUACAGAAUUUAGUGUGUUUAUUUAUUUCCACUUAACUUGAUGCUGUAACAUUUAGGUGAAAGAAUUUUUUAAAAAAAAACAGCCGAUAGGAUUAAUAUUUUUGUUUUCCUCUUUUAUGCUGAAGUUUUUGCUUAGUGAAUAUAAAAGUAUUACAAUUAUUUUUCAAACUAAUUUAUUUCUUCGUACACUUACAUUCCGAUAAGUAUUUUUUCACUUCUGUUUUUUUGUCAUAUGCAGGCAUUCAAUAAUUUCAUGUUUAGAAACUCAAAUGUUUUAUAAGUUGCGUAUUUUUAUUAAAUAGCUAUAUGCACCGUGUAUAUAUUUAAGUUUCUGCUUUCAUGAUUUCUAAUCUUUUAGUAUCCACCUUUAUAAUGUUGAGAUGCAGUGUAAAUUAGAUGUUUUAAAAUGCAGUCGCCAAAAUAUAACUGUUGUCUGCCAUUACUCGUUACUUUGAGCGUGUUUCUAAUGUUUAGAUAUGCUUUUCCUUUGUUACUAUUGCUUCUGUUUGCUAAGAUAACGAAAAUAAACAAAAGGAAUGAAGAGAGGUGGUGUGAGUUGUCUUGUUCCAUAAAACCAUAAAGUAAUGAAAAAGCACUUGACUGUAGCUGCUACUUUGAUGCGAGGGGUCGGGAUUGCCUAUCGUGAUGAUUCAACCGAGCUAUGUUGGUUGGAGCACAUGUUACUUUAGGUCCUACCAUGCCAGGCAGGUUGGUUGGAGAAAGUUAAAACUAAAAGCAAAAGCUUAAAGUUUGAGAGAGGAGCCGUACUGAUGACUGUAGAGAGUUGUUACAGAAGUAAGGCGUGCCCUCGGACAACCACCUAUCUCCACUAUUCCAUUCAAGCAGUGGGGUCAAGCAGAGUUGCCCAACCUCAUCAUUCCUCUUCAUUUUCGCUAUCGAUGACGUUCUGGAAACAGCUCUAAUGGAUGUAGUUAAUAACGGUGUGGAUCUGUUGCCUGAAGAAAGACUUUUGGACCUUGAGUAUACGAAUGAUAUUGUGUUACCGUGUGAUGAUACCCAAACCAUGCAAUCCGCACUUAAUCAGUUGACAAUUAGUGUCCGUACGUAUGGUAUGGUUAGGAAUAAGGUACUAGGUAAGGAUGGAAAGUGGAUUGAUGAGGUAGUAGAUCUCCACUAACUGAGGUGGUUGGGACGUGUCACGUAUUCCUAAUUACUGUCUACCUCUACGACCGACGUUUUCAGGUGUAGGAGUAGUCUGGAAGAAAGCUAGUAUCGGC